UACGAUACUGUCUAACAGAUCAUUUGUGUCUUUGUGUACAUCUUGUUGCUAUCAUUUUAGCCCAAAGUGUUCUAUGUUGCCUUUUAGAGCACAGUAGUUUUUUAAUACAGUACAUCGUCCUAGCGAUUUGCGCGUACCGUUGUACGGAUAUAGUAAGAUCGUCAUGCGAUUCGCCUGCAACCUUAUACAUAGUGAUAUAAAGCUGAUGUUAAUGGCUGUCCUCACCAUUUGAACACAAGGAAAUCCAUUUAAGGUCAAUUCAUCUGUGCAAUUUAUCAAGACUACAGUAAAUGAUGGUGCACAUUGAUCGUGUCAAGUGGAAGUUUACGAUAAGGGUGACGACCCCAAGUAGUUGGAAUUAAGGCGAGGAAGAAAAAGAAGAUAUUUCAGUGCUUAUUACAUUUACAAUACUUCUCGAGAAAUUAAAAGAACUUUUAUUCUUUUGAGAUGGCAUCUAUUGCAAACAAAUUUCGACCUUUAUUUGAUAGAGAAUUGGUGAAAAGAGUUGAAGCUUUGAAACAAACUAAAGGAGGUAUAAUUUUGCCUGAAAAUUCUGCUAAAAAGGUUUUGGAAGGAGCUGUUGUUGCAGUAGGCCCGGGAGGACGAAAUCAGAAAGGGAGGUAUGUACCAAUGGAUAUAAAAGUAGGUGAUAGAGUAUUGUUGCCUGAAUAUGGUGGAACUAAACUUCAAUUAGAGGAAGAUGAUUCUUAUACUAUCUUCAAAGAAUCAGAUUUGCUUGCUAAAAUCGAAAAAUAAAGAAAUUCCAAAUUAUGACUGAUUAAUUUAAUAUAUAAUAAUUAUUAUAAACAUUUGAAUAUUUUUCUCUUGUGAAAGUGCCAACUAUAUCAGCUCCAAUAAUAACUAUAUUACUUAUUAUUAUUUCUUUUCCAACUUGUUUUAAUAAAAAUGUUAAUUUCAAUGAGUUGCUUAUAAUGUUAAUAUAAGAUUUUUUAUGUA